AUGAGACGAGGUGCCCUUAUUGUCUUCGAAGGCACUGAUAGAUCUGGCAAAACUCUUCAAUCAAAUAAACUUGCAGAGAAAUUUAAAAAUGAAAAUAUAAAUUGUAUACUAAUAGGAUUUCCUGACCGAAGUACAAAUAUAGGGUAUUUGCUAGAUUUAUAUUUAAGAAAUUGUGAAAAUAUGAGACCAGAAGUCUCGCAUCUAUUGUUUAGUGCUAACAGAUGGGAAUACUUUGAAAAAAUAAAAACAUAUUUAGAAAGUGGUGUUACAGUUAUUUGUGAUAGAUAUGCAUUUUCAGGAGUAGCUUAUUCUGUAGGAGCUCUUAAGAAAGAUAUAGAAUGGUGUAUGAUGCCAGAAAAAGGUUUAAUUUCUCCAGAUAUAGUUUUCUUCCUAGAUGCGGAUGUUCAAAUACGAGUUGACCGCAGUGGAUUUGGCGAUGAACGUUAUGAUACUGAAAGUACCCAGAAUAGUGUUUCGACCAUAUAUUCACAAUUCAAAAAAUAUGACUAUUGGAAAGUAAUUGAUGCUUCAAAAGAUCCAAAUGAUGUAUUUGAAAAUAUAUAUAACUUUGCUAAACAAGCUCUUUGUAAAGCUGAAAAUAGCCAUGUAAAAUAUUUAUGGUCAUAA